AUAAUAAUUUAAAUAGUAUAAUGGAGGGUGAAGCAAGCACUUCACAUGAGGCAAACAAUGCUGCUACAGAAUUGAAAAGGUGGACAAGGGACUUACAUGGCCUCCCAGCAUUUAGUUAUGAGUUACUUAUUAAGCAUUGUGGAAUUGAACAUUCUGGUGCUGGUGCUCAAAAACACAAGAAACUAGGUUAUCAAUUGUUUAAAGAUAAAUAUGUUGGCCAAGUUCAGGUUAAAAAAAAUGUCACGAAAGGCAACAUGGUGUGUUUCCUAGUUAAAGGCUGUGUAAAUGCUGCUAUGAAAAACAAUGUAUACACUGUAUAUGUUCACCUAAAUGAAGCUAAUGGGGAGGUUGUGCACACUAACUGUACUUGUACAGCAGGAAAAGGUGGGCAGUGCAAACAUGUUGUUGCUCUGCUAUUUCAAAUAAUCGAGUAUAAACAAUUAGACAUGACAGAAAUCCCUGAUACACCCACUUGUACAGAAUUACUACAGCAAUGGCAUGUACCAAGGAAAGAUGAAUCUGAUAAGCCUGUUCUUUAUGAGAACAUUCCAUUCAAAAAGGCCACAUAUGAAAAAGACAUUGGUAAAAAGAGGAAAAAUAAUCAGCAAGCCCCAAUUGUACAUAACCCUAUUCCACAAUUUGCACAGAAUGUUACAAAACCUGAAGUACAAAAGUUGGCUAAUUCUUUAAUAGAUAUUAAUGAAAAAAGCUAUUUGGGGAAUUUGUUAAUGUCGAAUGACUGUGAGCCAUACCCUUUCCAAAGCAUACAUGUAGAUAUACCAUCUAAAAAGAGACACACUGAGUCAAUGCAACUUGAGAUUAAUUACCCUAAUGUUCGUGACAAAAUUUUAAAAAACCUACAACCGACAACAAAUGAGGAAACUGUUAAUUGGCAAUAUGAAAACAUAAAAAUUUUACAUUCAUCUGUCAAAAUAUCAUAUGAAGAAAUACUUGAGAUUGAACGAAACACUAGGGAACAAUCAUCAGAAGAUCGGUGGUUUGAGGAACGCGGAAAACGAUUAACCUCUUCAAAUUUUGGCCCAGUAGUUAAGCGAAGGCAGCAAAGGUACCCAAAAACAAUCAUGUCAAACAUAAAAUCUAGUCGGUCUAAGUGUCCAAAGCAGUGCCAAUGGGGGAAAGACAAGGAGUGUGAGGCUAUCAGGGAAUAUGCGAAACUAAAAAAAAGCAAGGAAACAUGGUGUAUGGCUGUGCUAAAAGUUAGUUGGUGUGAUUUUGUUGUUUUUACAAAUGUUGACCUAUACAUUGAAAGGGUAUAUUUUGACAAUGAUUUUUGGUGUAAAAUUGUUCCAGAACUAAGCAAUUUCUAUGCUGAAUAUAUGUUACCAGAAUUGUAAUAAACAGCAUUAUAUAAUUUGUGCAUUAGGCUCAUAAUAGAACUAACUUAACAGUUUAAGAUUGCUUAUCUUUAAUUAUUGACGGUAAAAACAAUGUUAAAUAGGAGCAAACACUCCAAAUUUGUUCCAAGUUUUCAGCCAAUGUCAAUGGAAUAACUUGGUGCAAGAUUCGAUAAUUUUUAACUCUGGCUAUUGCACGCUCAACAUGAACUCUGACCGAUGCAAUUUUGCGUGUUUUAACUUCGUCUUCUGCCGAUAAUUGAGGCUGUCCGUUAAGAAA